AUGCUCAUCGCGGGAAUCAUUAAUAAAUGGAAAGAGUCGCCGAAUCCACUGUCUUUCUUCUUCUGCGAGGGUAGUACCAAGGGCGGGAACGCAUCGAGCUAUAACGCCGUACUGCGCGGCUUAUUGUUCGAGCUCCUCAAAAAGCGCCCGGCCCUGUUAUCUGAGAUCAGGCCGGAAUAUGAGAUGAAGAAAGAAAAGGCUUUCGAGGAUGUCAAUAGAGGUGAAUUGAUGAAGGAUUUAUUGAAGAAGCUGCUACAAGACUCGAGCUUGCAGAACACAGUCUUGGUAGUAGAUGCCCUUGAUGAGUGCAGCACCGAUAGACGAAGUCUCACCGAACUCAUUGCCGACAUUUCCAGCUCAUGCACUGCCAAAUGGAUUGUUUCAAGUCGCGACUGGCUUGAAAUCAAGGGCAGCCUCAAAAAAGCACAGGGGCUAGUUACUCUCGAUCUCGAUUUGGAAAAGGAAUCGAUUCCUGCAGCAGUCAAGGUAUUCAUAGAUUUAAAAGUGAAGGAGCUGGCCAAGGACAAGUGGAAUAACAAUCAAGAGUUGACAAAAAAAGUCACUGAACACAUGUACUCCAACGCCGACGAUACCUUUCUAUGGGUAGCCCUGGUUUGUAAAGGGCUAGCCGAUCCGGUUCUCAGACCUCGUGAUCUUGAGAAUGAACUUCGAUACUCCCCACGAGGUCUCGACAAUCUUUACGAAGCCAUGUUGCAGCGGGUUCAAGAGUCGUCCAAAGAGUCGUCCAAAGAGUCGCGCGAAAUACGUCAACGCAAACAGACCUUAGCCACAGCUUGUGUCGCUUUUCGCCCAUUGAGCUUUGCAGAAAUGGGGGUUCUUAUUGAAACCAUGGAGAAAUACUCCGAAAGCGAUGUAGAAGACGCUGUUAAAUGUUGCGGCUGUUUUUUUAUAUGCCGGGACGGUUAUGUUAGCUUCUUUCACCAGUCCGCCAAAGACAUUAUUCUCAAGCAGCUUAAUGAAUUUUGGCUUCCUGGCGGGGCUCAGCAACAGCACUUGAAAAUCUUCUCGCGGUCUGACGAGCUUUUGAAAGGACGAUUGAAGCAAGAUAUCUACAACCUGAAUAGAUAG